GUGGACACGUCCGCAUCGUCUGGAAAUGAUUCGGCCACUCAAGAUGAAUGCAACGUUGCCAGUUAUCAUCUGGCUCCUGAUCUUGGCCACGGCCAAGGCCAAGGCCAAUGCUCUGGCAGGUGAGCCAAGUCUCUACAACGAGGCUGACAAUGUGAUCAAUGCCGACACCGAUACACUGCUGCCUUAUCUGCGGACGACGCCAAACGGCAAGCUGGUGCAGUUUUUAAACAUAUUCUGCGGCCACUGCCGACGCUUCGCACCCAUCUUCAAGGCUGUGGCACGAGAACUGUACAAAUGGAAGAGAGUGCUCAGCAUUUACGCCGUCGACUGUGCCCAAGCGAGAAAUGUGGAGGUCUGUCGCGACUUUCAGAUCCUUCAGACCCCAACACUGCGCUACUUUCCCCCAGCAUUCUCUGGAGGCGGGAUUGGCAUCAACAUCCCCACUCUUAGUCCGAAAAAAAUGAUCGACCUGUUGGCCGGGCAUUUGGCGAAAGACAUCAAUACGAGCCUGCUACGCUUUGAGCCUCUUACGCCCGACAACAAUGUUAAUACUACACUCGCAGAUCACAAGGGCCCUGGCCAUACCGAGGAGUAUAUAGCACUUGUCCUACAGCCGAAGGGCUCGAACAUCGGCAGAGACACGAUCCUCGAACUGCUACCAUAUCCUGCGGUGGCGGUUCGCAUUGUUGACGAUGCUCGUAUCUUUUCCAACUUCGGCUUGGCUCCUCACGAUCAGAAGUUGGCCAUCAUGGACCUGGCCGGCCACAUCCAUGCGCUGAAGACCGCCCAAGAAUCGAGCCAAGCUUAUGCGGCCGGCAUUGCCGAGUAUCUCGCCCAAAUGGGCCGCACUCCGUUGCCCCCCUUAUCCACGACCAGAGCACCACACAUCAGCAGGAUCCGGUACAAGGAGAAGCAGCAAAUACUAUCGACUGUGCUACGGAAUCCACAUAUGAUCUAUAAAGCCGAUGUGGAGCAGGCAAUCGACAUACUGCUGCACAUUGAGCUGCCAAAGGCAGGCCUCAUUGAGGGAAAUAAUCUGACAGCACUGCGAAACAUUAUCUCCGUCCUAAGACACCACAAUCCCCUGAAUAAGGAAGGAAAGCUGCUGCUAACAGGCAUACACGAUUCCCUAAUAACCCAAAAGCGAUUGACGGGAAGUGAGUUCGCAGACUUGGUCAAGUCGAAGGAGAAGAAGCUGGUGGAGGAUGUAUUCAAGGGGAAGCGCUUUGUUGGCUGCACGGCCUCGCGUCCCUUCCUGCGAGGCUUCACUUGCUCCUUGUGGACGCUAUUCCACUACCUCACUGUCGCGGCGGCAAAGCCACCAAAUUACCUUGCGGCUGGAUCAGUGCUCUCGGCCAUGCACGGCUUUGCUAAGCACUUUUUCGGCUGUACGGACUGUGCCCAGCACUUCCUGGCUAUGGCAGCGCGCAGACACAUCGAGUCGGUGACGGACCACGAUUCUGAGAUCCUCUGGCUGUGGGAGGCGCACAACGAGGUCAACAACCGUUUGGCUGGCGAUACCACAGAGGAUCCCAUGUUCCCGAAGAUUCAGUUCCCCAGGAAGAAGGAUUGCCCCUCCUGCAGAAAUGAGAAGUGGAAUCAAUUUGAAGUGUUAAAUUAUCUUAAAACUAUCUACGACACACAGAACUUGAGCGACUACGGAUACAAUGAACUGUAAUGAAUAUAUUAUGUGUCUACAUAUGUUUAUAAACCAGCACUAAGGUUUGUGGAAAUAUAGAAACCAAGCAAAACCAA